AAACGGACGAUCAACAAACGGAUGCGACUUUUUUCUUUUUUUUUUCAUUUUGCAGCCGUAUAUAAGAUAAACCUAUGCUUGGAUUCGGUUACCAUUAUGCGUACAUAUCGACCUUCGAACGGUGAACAAAACGGAAACAUGAACUCGCGCAACCCUCGAAGUGAAAAUUGAUCGAUGAGAAUGUCUCGUAUUUCAAAAUAAAAAAGUAGGAAAAGUUUUUUCCUUAACGCGGAUGUCAAUCAUUGAGGUCAGUUUCAGUAGCCGAAAAUUUUUUACCAAAGUACAAAACGACGUUCGAGUUUGGUAUUCCAAAAUCUCGCGGCAGUAAUUCCUUGGCAAGAAUUCGGAUAUAUCCCACCGCUGCCACCAAUAUUUCGUUCAACAAGUGGUUUUGCUGUGAGAACGUCGAGCCGUCCAUCUCGCUCACUCUCUCUCUCCCUCUAUCUGGUUUCGACGAUAAUGCCGAGAAGACAUCGAGAAGGGUGGUAGAAUAAAAUAAACGAAAAACAAGCGCAACAAUAAAAAAAAUUUUUAAAAAUGAACGACACGAACGUGACUUUCCCGAUAGACGAAAUGGAGCAGCUUGAGCCUGACCUGGCCGAAGUGGUGAUACACCGUAUCCAGAUGUACUACACACCGGUUCUCGUGUACCUCGGAGCCCUCGGUAACUGUCUGUCGGUCUGCGUGUUCUUCAAUUCAAAACUACGGAAACUGUCGUCGAGUUUCUACCUGGCAGCACUGGCGAUAAGCGACACGGGUUUCCUGGUCUCGCUGUUCGUCGUGUGGUUAAACAUGGUCGACGUCGGUCUGUUCAACCGUCAGGGUUUCUGCCAGUUCUUCAUCUUCUUAACGACCCUCUGCAGCUUCCUGAGCGUUUGGUUCGUCGUGGCGUUCACCGUUGAGAGAUUCGUCGCCGUCCAGUAUCCGCUCCGUCGGCAAUCCAUGUGCACUGUGACCAGAGCCAAGGCCGUGUUGGUGGGUCUGACGGUUCUCGGAGUGACGUUGUGCAGUCCUGUUCUUUGGUUCUCGAGCCCCCAGCCACCGACCGAAAAGCACAACGUGACCCUCUGCAACCUCGCCGAGGAAUGGGAGGAGUGGGCGAACGUUUUCAACGUAGCCGACACCGUCCUGACGUUCAUACUACCGUUCUCCGUAAUCGUGGUUCUUAACUCGUUGAUCGCCAGGGCCGUUUGGCGACUCGCCGGCGUUCGUCGGACCAUGACGGUCACCGGAAGACGAGUAAAGAGGCCCCAGAUGUCCAACGGACAGAAUCAAAGACCCGCCACUUCUCAGACAAAGGUCACCAAGAUGCUGCUCGUUGUGUCGACGGCGUUUCUUUGCUUCAAUCUUCCCGCCUAUGUUAUGCGGCUCUACGCCUUCUUCGGGGGUGAUUCGGAUCGCAUGACCGUCAUACUGCAACACGUGUGCAAUUUGCUGUUUCACACGAAUUUCGGCAUCAAUUUUGCGCUCUACUGUGUCAGCGGUCAAAAUUUUCGACGGGCUGUUGGCCACAUGCUUUGUCCAAGACCGAGACGUCGCCAUGACACCACUCAAGUUACCAUGUCCGAGUACGUGAGAUCAAGCGGUUCGCUAUCUCGACGUCGCACGGUUACGAUGAACGGAUCUUGGCGAGACGCGCACGAGCUUCACGCCAUGUCGCAGAAGUGAUGAUUGAUUGUGAAUGGAAAGAAGAGCUUUGAAGGAACAAGGGAUGGUUUUAAGACAAGGAUGCUCGCCUCUGCUCGUAAUUUGUCGGACGGAAGUAAUUGUUUUAAUUUUCACGAGGGAAAGUAAAAGAGCGGAAACUUGGUACAUUAGGAAUUUAAACAAUUUAAACCCUGGAGGGACUUUUCGGAGGGAAACACAGUUUUGAAAAUUUACCGAUCCUUAGAUCCCGCAACGAAUCUGAGAAAAAAAUUCAACGAAAUGAAAUUACGCUCUGCCAAGAUACGAUCAAGAAUUUGAAUAAAAGGUUUUAUAAUCGGAACGUUGGAUAUGAUCAAUUAAACAUUUAUGUUGAUAUUUCAAACUGUUUUUCACGUCGGGUCGUGAAUUUUAUAUUGAAAAGAUGCACGCUUUGUUAUUCAAAGAAAAAAAACCAAAAAAAAAAAAAGAAAAAAGAAACAACAAGUUUGUCGAUACACCGGAACAUGAAUAAAUAUCAAAGUUUUACGGCAAUGAAAAUCGAUA